AUGGACGCCAAUACAGACCACUCGAGUGACGAGGAUACCCAGAGACGUCGCAAUGUGCGAAAGCGCGCCGAGCAAUGGAUGACGAAGGGAGCCCUGGUGCACGAGGACUCGGACGAUGAAUUGGGCGACGAGGACCAUCCUUGGGACUGGAUUUAUGCCACAGAAGAACCUGAGAUCAAAGAAGAUACGGGGACACCCAAUGCAAGUCCAGAAAAACCCUGUCGCCGGCGCGCCUCUCGCCCUGCGAAGAAAGGCCCGGCCAUUGUGGGCGCGCGGAUGGGUCCUUUCGAGUGCCGAUUGGGCGAUGCCGUGCUCCUCAAGUCCCCAGAGCAUGGCAAGGACUGGGUCGGGAUUAUCACAGAGUUCCGCGAGGAGGAAGAUGAGGACGUGGAAGGAGGGGUGAUCAAGUCGGCCAACAUCAUGUGGUUUGCAUCGCCAGACGAGUUCCUGUCAACGCGGAACAAGCGGAGAACGGAUGCACUGCCAAACGAGCAGUAUCUCACAGCGGACUUUAACGUGAACCCACUCACAUCUGUCAAUGGCAAGGCCACCGUGAUGUCGAAGGACGCCUUCUACGCCAAAUACCCGGACGGCACGCCACCCAAGGAUAAAGCAGAACUUGCCGAGUUCAACAAGUGCAUUGUUUGCCGACGAGGCGUCAACCAGGUGCAAGGGCGAUACACCGAGGAGUUCAACUGGGAGCAAGUCUACGGGAACGGCAACAUUCAUCAACUCAUCUGCCUUGUGAAGGACGGCCUGAAAGCCGCGCGGAAGAGGAAGGCGGCUGACGACGACUAUAUCGACACCAAGAACGAGAGCGCGGCACCGACGACCCCAAGAAAACGACAGAGAAUGGCCGCAACCAAUACAACCCCUAAAUCACAGCGCAAGAAGGCCUUUACGACACCAUCGAACAAACGGAUUGUGGUGAAGAAACCUCUCGAAUUCACCCCGCUGGGCACUCGCGUUCUUGAGCCGUCCCAUUUCGCCUCGCCCUACCGGCAAGCACGUACUUUGCUGCACGUCUCAGCCGUCCCAGAAUCCCUCCCCUGUCGAAAGACCGAGUUCAAUACCGUCUACAGUCAUCUCAGUGCCGCUAUUAUGGAGGGAACUGGCGCAUGCAUCUAUAUCUCAGGUACUCCAGGUACCGGCAAAACCGCAACUGUGCGGGAGGUGGUGGCCCAGCUCAAUGGCGCUGUUCUCGCAGAAGAGAUGGAUGAUUUCAUCUUUGUGGAGAUCAACGGCAUGAAAGUAACUGAUCCUCAUCAAUCGUACUCUUUACUUUGGGAGGCAUUGAAGGGCGACAGAGUCUCCCCUUCUCACGCUCUCGACCUGCUGGAACAAGAGUUCUCCAAUCCAUCACCCCGCAGAGUCUCUUGCGUGGUCCUCAUGGACGAAUUGGAUCAACUAGUCACCAAAAACCAGUCAGUGAUGUACAACUUCUUCAAUUGGCCUGCCCUUCGCCAUUCACGUCUUAUCGUCUUGGCUGUUGCCAAUACAAUGGAUCUGCCUGAACGAACCCUGAGCAACAAGAUCUCCAGUCGUCUCGGUCUCACUCGCAUCACAUUUCCCGGUUACCGACACACGGACUUGAUGGAGAUCAUCAGCACACGUCUAGCAAAUGUCCCUGGCAACAUCGUCGACUCAGACGCUAUCCAGUUCGCCAGUCGUAAAGUUGCCGCCGUCAGCGGUGAUGCACGACGCGCCCUAGAUAUCUGUCGUCGUGCCGUUGAAAUCGCCGAGCAAGCUUUCGAAGAAGCUGCCAAUUCCGCCUCAGUCGACAACGAUGCCAUGGAUGAGAUACCUCUAACCCCGAGCAAAACUCCUGCUAGGCGCAACAAAGCGCUCACAGACAAGGGAGCAGCUGAUCCACCGGCCCCGAAACCUGCUUCAGGCAAGGGUCAGCCCGGCCGUGUCACCAUUGCAACUAUCAAACAAGCGAUCCAGGAAGCCACUUCCACACCACUCCAGCAAUCCCUGCGCUGCCUGCCGCUUUCUGGAAAACUUUUCCUCGCUGCCCUCCUGGCACGUGUGCAUCGUACCGGAAUCACCGAGUCCACCUUCGGCGAUGUUCUAGAUGAGGCACGACGCAUCGCUGAUGCAGCCGUCGCCGUCGCCGGUGCAGCUGGAGCAGGUGUCAAAGACUCCCUACUUGGCGGUGGUGCCGCAUCAAGGGUGCGAGCUCUAGGCUUCGCUGCCAUGGAGCUCAUGAACUCCGGGGUAUUGGCUUUGGAACAGGGUUCAGGCACGAAGAUUGUGAUGGGUGGCUCUACGAUUCCUACUCGUGGAGACAGAAGCGGCAAGAUUCGGCUUCGUGUUGCGCCAGAGGAUGUGAAGCUCGCAUUCCGUGAGGAUGUGGAGGCCAAGGGCUUCGGGAUGGGUAUUGAUCAGUGA